GAAUGAGAAUUUGCGUUUGUCUGUGUGCGUCUUCCGUCUUCUGCCUUCUGUCUUGUUUCACUUUAGAAUUUAGGUAUGGCGGAAAGCAAUGAUGAUGGUAACGGCGAAAAGAAAUAUUAUAGAAAUAGAAAGAAUAGAAGUAGUUUAGAAGAUUCAGACAGUGAAAGUGAGGGUGCUAAUCCUAGACCAGAUAUAGGAUUAGGUUCAUCUAGUCGGAAAAUGAUAGGUAGAAAACAAGUGUCAGAAUGUUCACCUGCAGGUAGCAGUAGUGAGAUCCCGUCUCGACGGGAAGACAACCCAUUCUCGUUCAAGCACUUUUUGAACCGUGAUGUUGGUUGCUCGUCGGGAGGAGCCCGGCCCAAAGUGUUCAGCCAGCCUUUGGGUCAGAGUUCCGGCUCAGCCAGCUCAGCUGCCACCAGUCCUGUUCCGGCACCCAGGCUCAAUCCGGAACUCACUUCCGGUCUUCCCGAUUUUGUGCAAGACCAUCUUGUCAUAGAGCAGUGCUAUCUUCAAAACUCUGGUCAUAACUCCUCCUGUCAACUAGCCGUUGACCUUGAUAACUUUCCUGAUUUCGCACCUGUUAAUGCGUCGAGUAAUGAGCAGUGGAACAGCAGCAGUAAUAGCAGCGGCGGGCGUCAAGGUGAUUUACCGUUUGAUCUGACUUUAAACCAGCGGACCAGGAGCAGUGAGAGCGCCGCCAGACCACUGGACUUGCCCGCGACGCUUCCGUUCGACCUGCCAUCGGCGUCGGCUGAGGUCGGCGCCUCUAAGAGCCUGCCUGACUUCCUCUCGGAUGGACCCAUUCACAGCGAGAGGCGCAAUGACUCCAGUCAACCCAACUCUGACAACAACAGUCCUCCCGCGCCUCUUCCCAGUGAUCUGCCGUCGCCAAGGAUACAAAUGGAAAAUGAGAGACUAAGAAGAGAACUGGACAAUGCAAGAAGACAGCUCAAUGAACAAAUUAGAAGGAAUGAUUCUUUAGAACGGGAAUUGAUGACAAUACGCAGUACAGAACAUGAAACAGGCUUAGAAGGGAUGAUUGCUCAAAUAGAAGAAAAUUUGAAGAGAACGAGGAGAAGAGCAACCAAUGCAGAGGACAAGGCAGAAAUGCUGGAGAAGGAAGUGAAAAUGCUGAGGCUGGAGAUUUUGAAGUUGAGAAGCAGUUCGGGAUCGGAGGCAGCUGGAGCGUGUAGCAGCAGCGAUAGCAGGCCCUUCAACGCCGGACUUUCGCGCGAACUCAGGACAGCGGCCAGCAGUGCCGAACUAUUAUUGAGGCAACUACUUAGUGGUGUUGACAAUCUGAGGUUAUUAGCAUCGACAUUAGACAGUAGUCAGAAUGUAGAUGACCGACCUCAGGACUUUUCGGAUUCGGUGGACGAAUCAGGACCAACCUUAUAAGAGAAUUCACUCAUCAUCAAGCAAGUCCCCAUUACUUGCAUUUUUGUGCUUAUUCAAUCUAGAAUAUUGUCUUUAGAUUUUUCAAUGGAACGAUGGAUUCUAGAUUCUUUAGGCUAAUAAAACUUUGAACGGCGUAUUUUAAAUGUUUCUAUUUAUUACGUACUUGUCUACUGAACAUCGGUGAGUUUUCAUUAAACUUUCUUAUCUUGUAGAUAUUUUUCAGUCGAUUUUUGUAUUUGUUCAGAUAUUGUACAUAGUUGAUACGAAUAUAAUAAUAAUAUAUAUUUAUAUUACUUUGUUAUCUAGUUUUAAAUGUUGAUUAUCUUUUAAUAAAGAUCAUGUAAGCAAGCCAAUUUAGAUUUUAAUUUGUAAGUUACAAAGUCCUGGAGGUUUCCAAUCUCUGUUGACUCGCUUGAAAGCAACAAAUGGAAAGUGUUAAUUUGAAACCUUUUUUUUGGGAACCACAUCAGUAUUCAUUACCGAUGAAUUGGUGCUCCCUACAAUCAUUGAAAUUCAACUGAAAACGUCUUGACUAGAAUGUAACCAGUGUCAGAAUUAUAACUGAAGGAUUCUUCAGAAAAAAUAGAGAGAUGGCACAAACUUUUUAUUGUUGAAGUAGCCUAUGGGAAAAUGUGGAACUCGAUGAUGAGGCAAAAGCAAUAGAGACGGAAGACUAGAGAUAUGAUUGCAUUAAUCUCACACUAAUUGAUAUUGUAAAAUAAUAUUUCGUUGGUGUUGACAUUUUUGUUGUUAAGUGAAGCAAGUAAUUUCUAUGUUCCAUUACUAAACGAAUACUAACCCUCUUUUUAAACCGAUUUGAAAUACGAUACAGAGUUCUUAUAGAAAAAUAAAAUGCUGAUGUCUUAUUUUCCAAAGAUCCUUCUUACAUGUGUACAAAUUCUUAAAUGUGCACAUGAUCCUUUACAGAUCCAAAUCCUUUACAUGUGCUCAUGAUCCUUGUGCGUACCCAAUAUCCACGCUAAUCAAAACCACCUCUGCCUGCUAGCUAGCUCAAACAAUUAUGAAGUCAGUUUGAAAAUUAUUGCAGUUAAUUCAAUUCAAUAUUGAAUCGAUUUUUAUCAACAAACUCAUGCUCUCCUGACCGAAAACUAGAUCUCAAAGAAUUUGGAAAUUACAGUUUAUAUCCAGGCAUUUGAGACUCAUGAGAUAUAUAUUUGUUGUGUAUCUGCAAUAAGCUAAAUAAAUUUCAUCGACACGUUCAUUAUCUCUAAACAAAGCCACUUGUAACCUCUUGACUUGAUGAUUGUUACUUUGACGUUUUAUGAUUUCAUUUCUUUAUAAUUGAAGCUCUUCUAAACAUGCAUAUCACCUUUUUAAUAUUUUCAUCUUCCGUAUUGUUUAUUGUAUUUUUCUUUUAAUAUAUUUGUUUGUACCUCGUUGAACGGCUUGGAAAUUUCAACCACAGUGUUUGCAAUCAAUGCAUUUUGAAUAUGUACUAAGUACUAUAUAUAUAUAUAUUUCUAAUCUAUUCAUAAUUAAACAGGCUCUGAUUAAUAAAUUAUCAUUCAGGGACAAUUUUUUAAUAUUCUCUAGAAUUACAUUAUCGCAAACAGCUUAGAUGCUGUUAUAUUAAAUUUGUACUCAAUUAAUGAGAACACAAUUUUAGAUGUGGCUUUUUAUCAAUAUCAAUAUUUGAAAUUUGUAACAAAUUUCUGUAUUUACCAUGUAAAA